AUGAUGCUGCGUUCUCUUUCAGUCUUCCCAAGGUUACAUCCACCUUUCAACCCCACGCGAACAUUCUCCACAUUCAGAAUACAAAGCAUGUUGACAUCGGAGCUUUCCGACGUUGAGGUCUCGUCCCUUAGGGCAAACAAAGAGCGUUUGGCCAAAGAUCUUCAUCACUCAUGCCAAUGGGGCUAUGGUAUCAGAUGGGGAGAUAACCCAACGGAUACGGGAAUGCAGCGUUUGGCACUUUCAGAAGAAGACAAGAGCGUUCGGGACUGGUUUAUCCAAACCACCAAAGAACUGAAAUGCAAUGUGACUGUAGAUCAAAUGGGAAACAUCUUUGCUGUCCGUCCUGGUCGCCGGGCAGAUGUGCCUGCCACCUUUAUUGGUAGUCACCUCGACACUCAACCGACUGGCGGGCGAUACGAUGGGAUAUUAGGCGUUCUCGCAGGCAUUGAGGUGUUGAAGACGAUGAAUGACAUGGGUCUAGAGACGGAAGGAGGAGUCGGAGUUGUCAAUUGGACAAAUGAGGAAGGUGCCAGAUUCCCGGUCAGCAUGAUAUCAAGUGGCGUAUGGGCCGAAUGCAUAUCCUUAGAGCAUGCACAUGGUCUCAAAGAGGUGCCUACCGUAGCCUCGUUGCCAACAGCAGCAUCAGCCCCCGAGACCAUGAAGAGUGCCUUGCAGAAGAUCAACUAUCUAGGAGAAACCCCCUGUUCAUACAAAUCUUCCCCGAUGGCAGCUCAUUUCGAGCUCCAUAUCGAGCAGGGCCCACACUUGGUAUCGGCAGGCCAGCGCAUUGGAGUGGUGACAGCUGUGCAGGCCUACAGAUGGUUCAGACUGAACAUCAUCGGACGAGAUACACACACAGGGACCACCGCCUUCGAGCACCGAGCAGAUGCCCUAUACGCAUUUGCCCGUAUGAUGGUGCGAGCGCGCGAAGUUGCCGCUUCGAAAGGAUGUCUAGCGAGUGUAGGCAUUGUCGAGGCCAAGCCAGGCAGUGUCAACACUAUCCCGGGCCUGGUCAGCUUUAGCUUGGAUAUUCGCGGUCCAGAGACAGAGUUGGUUGCCAAGGUUGAGGAAGAGUUGCGCGCCGACUUUGAUGCCAUCGCUGCCGCCGAGGGUGCUGGUAUAGGGAAGCCAUGCCGAGUAGAGUGGACUCUGGACUUCGACUCCCCUGCCGUCAAAUUCCACCAAGAUUGUAUUGAUUGCGUUCAGGAGUCGGCAUAUGCAGUGGUCUCGGAUGCGCCUGUUGCAGAUACGAAAUCACUUGUCAGGCCGAUCAUGAGUGGUGCUGGGCAUGACAGUGUCUUCACCUCGAAGCGCGUCCCGACCAGCAUGAUCUUCAUUCCCUGCAAGGACGGUCUCAGUCAUCACCCCGAGGAGUUCUCGACAGCGGAUGACUGUGCCACUGGAGCAUCAGUUAUUUUGCAGGCUGUGGUUCGCUAUGACCGCAAGAGAUUCGCGUGA